GAAAAGGAAAAUACAUUCGAUCGCUCAACCAACAUUAAGUACUCCUCCCUCCAUGUUUGCAACUUAGCCAUAAAAAUAAAUGAUGGCUCACCUUCUUCAUGUGAAUGCUGUAAAAGCCAAAGCUAAGAUCUACUAGCAUCUACCUCUCUCUCUCUCUAGGAAAAAAUUAGCCAAAAAUGCUCAAGAGACAAGAGAGUUCACUCUCAGCGUCUCGUCGACAAGCCGCCUGCACCACACCGGAAACUCAGCAUGCAAAAGCCAUCGGGUGCAUGUCCGGCAUCAUUCGCCUCUUCUCCAAGUAUCAAAAUUCCAACAGACGCCUCACAUUUGGUAAAAAGCAAGAGAAGAAGAAAGCAGCAACAAAUUCAGAGGGAGAAGUUAAAGUGGUGAGGAGCCCGACGCUUCCACCGGAGAUCCGACGAGUAGAGAAUUAUUCGUCGGUGGUGGCGAGGCUGAUGGGAGUGGAGGAUUCGAAGCGGAUUGAGGAGGAUAGUAAUAGUAUUAGAGAGAAGCGGCAGCGGCUGAUGGAAGCUCUAGAGAAAUGCAACGAGGAUUUGGAGGAGCUCAAGAGGAUCAUCAAGGCGGUGCAGACGGCGAAUGGUGGCACCAAAAUGUGUACGGAUGAGAAGCCGGCAGAUGAGUUAACUUGUUCGCCCCUCACCACAGGAGAGGUGCAGGUUCCACAACAUCGGAAGCCGACAGCCACAAAGAAGCCCGGAGAGGAUGAGGAAGCCAUGGCCAUAGCAAGACUAGUGACCAAAUCCACAAUCAUUGAAUCAUCACUUGAGAUGAGGCGGCGGGCGGCGGCGGCAGCCUCAUCACCGCCUUGGAGCAGCAGAGCUAUGGUUGAGAGCGUAGAAGAAGUGUGCAAUGACAUAGCAUGGGGUGAAAAGAGGGAAAUUGGGAGAAUAGGGUUAGUGGUGCAAGAUCAUGUGUGCAGAGAGUUGAUUGAAGAGCUUGUCAAAGAUUUGAAAUCUUCCUACAUUAUUCCACCACUUCCUCUUGAGGCAUGCAAAAGGAAGCUUUGUUUUUCAUAAGUAAUUUGUCAAUGCAAUUUGCAUACUUGCAUGAUUUGAA